UCACUUGAGCUCGGCUCAAAUCAUCCAUCCCGUCCUCCGUCCUCUCUAGCUUCGACGCUCUAGUUCCAGCAACGCGCAUAGCAAAACCAAAGCCAUGGCGGCGGCAGCACAUCUCGCUUGCGCCUUCUUCUUCGACGCGGAGCCGCUGGGGGAGCCCGGGCGGCAUGCGCUGGACGCCUGCGCGCUCUGCUCCAAGCCGCUGUCCCGGAACAGCGACAUCUUCAUGUACAAGGGCGACACGCCCUUCUGCAGCGAGGACUGCCGCGACGAGCAGAUGCAGUUUGACGCCAUCCGGGCCAGGCAGGCCGCAAGGUCAUCAGCUGGCCGGCGGCAGCCCUACUCGUCGGGAACGGAGUCGCGGCGUGGGCACCAGGAGAGCAGGAAGGUGUCCGCGGUGGCAAGCUAAACAGCCGGACGCCGCGCGCACAUCCGGAGACCUGAUUAGCGAGGCGUGGUUUGACUCCAGAAGAUAUACGGGGAAACGUCGACCUGAUGGGGCACAAGGGAGAUCCGUUUCUCCGUCACGCUUUGCCCGGCCUGAGCAGAGCGGUGAUGGCCGUCCACGGCGGAGAAGGAUCCGUGAGAUGAUGGCAUGAGGCACUGGCCUUCUCAGCCAGCGCCUCCCGCUGCCCAGUGUCCAAUAACAGCUCCUUUGGGUUGGUUUUGUUCUAGUUCUAGAGUGCCGUGUACGGUGAUCAGUGUAUGAUCCAACCCGAUCACAACACCGUGAUGUACAUUUGGAAAGCUUGGUUCCAAAUUCCAAGCAAAUUUUUUGAGGAAAAAAUCAUGUAUCGAGGUGAAAUGAGUUUCGUCUGGAAAUAAAUUGCCAUGAGAUGUCGUGCUA